AUGAAAUUCUCUCUGUCUAUUUCCGUAUGUUUGGCUGCUGUUGCUUCAGCUGCCAGCAUUGGGAGCACUACGGAAUCAACAAUGAGGGCUAUUAUGGCAGACUUUUCCAAACUUGGACAACAGUUCGUAAAAAUUGCCAACGAUGUUAAUGCUUUCCCCCAAACCGGAAUGGCAGGUGUUGAAGAUAUACAUAACGAUGCAGCGGGCAUUCACGAGUUCUUUUUGAGUAUCAACGACAAUUUAGAUUCUCUGCCGAGGCCAGUAUCAAACGAAAAUGUCAUCAAAGUCUUUUCCACAUACAAAAGCUUCACUCCGAACAUUUUCUCCUAUCUCAAUGGCAUCACGGAUAAAGCCGCUGACUUUAAAGCCCUUGGCUCGGCAUCCACUACGAUAUCGUUGGAUUUACUGGGUUCUAUUGCCCCGUGUGUCCAUUUCGGAGGCACAGUGAUGGCAAUGCUUCCAGACUCGAUAUUCCGGCAGCCUGCUAUGAAUGACACGGCGAGCACUAUGUUCAACGAUAUUGAUAAUGCGAAACAGAACGCCAUCAAUGCUCUUGCUUGA